AUGAGGCUAAGCAAACCCUUAUUAAAACAAGCAGAAGGAAUCAGCAAAACUCUCUCUGAAAUUCUUGUCUGCCCACUGUCUAAACAACCCUUAAGGUAUUGCAAAGAAACAAAUUCUCUCAUCAGUGAUUUUAUUGCUGUCUCUUUUCCUAUAAAAGAUGGAAUCCCUCAUUUGGUUCCAAAAGACGGCAAGAUAAUUGAAACUGUUGACGACCAAAAAUCUUGA